GGAUCGAAAUUAUGUAAAGUUGGUAUUGUUCUUAAAGUCGUAAGCGGCCAUUGUUAGAUUCAGAUAGAAGGCGUUUACGGCUUUAGAACAACAACGAUCAGGUCACGCCUUGCUUGUAAGCAACUUUGGUGCCUCUCUUGGUUUCACAAGCCAGAAGCCAGGAGAGGAGACUCUCAGAAAAUACAGAAGAAGAAGAAGAAGAAGAAGAAGAAGAAGAAGAAGAAGAAGAAGAAGAGAAAAGGUCCCAGAAGGAAAGAAAAAAAUUAUAAUAAAAGGGUAAAAAUGGCUGGUGGUGGAGAAGGUCCAACGCUACAGUUCACGCCAACAUGGGUGGUGGCGGCGGUGUGCACGCUGAUCGUGGCUAUCUCUCUCGCUAUGGAGCGUGCACUACACUCCGGCGGCAAGUACUUGAAGAAGAAGAAGCAGAAGCCGCUGUACGAGGCUUUGCUGAAGGUGAAGGAGGAGCUGAUGCUGCUGGGGUUCAUCUCUCUCCUCCUCACUGUUUUUCAGAAGAGGAUCACUAAAAUUUGCGUGAGCCCUAGGAUUAUGGUCAAGUGGCUGCCAUGCAAACUCAAUCACUAUGACGAUCAUCUGAACGGCGAAAAAACUGCCCAUUACUCAGCCAACUCCGUGUUUGGUGGCAUUCUUGGACCUACCAGGAGGCUGCUAGCUGCCGGGGGUGAGGCUCAACGAGGUUACUGUGGCAAAAAGAAUAAGGUGCCAUUGCUAUCAGUUGAGGCAUUCCAUCACUUGCACAUCUUUAUCUUUGUCCUAGCCAUUGUCCAUGUGAGCUUCUGUGCUCUCACUAUUGUCUUCGGAAGUUUAAAGAUACAUCAAUGGAAAAAAUGGGAGGAUGAAAAUGCAAAAGAGAUUAUUGAAGUAGAUGAAGCUCAAACAAAAAUUACCCAUGUUCAGGAGCAUGACUUUGUCAAGGAUCACUUUUGGGGUAUCGGUAAAAAUUAUGUUUUCAUGGGAUGGCUGCAUUCUUUUCUCAACCAACUUUAUGGAUCAGUGUGCAGAUCAGAUUACUUGACUUUGCGAUUGGGUUUCAUCUCGACCCAUUGCAGGGGAAACCCUAAGUUUAAUUUCUACACAUACAUGGUACGCGCACUUGAAGAUGAUUUUAAAAGAGUCGUCGGUAUCAGUUGGUAUUUGUGGAUAUUUGUCGUCCUCUUCAUGCUUCUGAAUGUUGAUGGAUGGCAUGCAUACUUCUGGAUUGCUUUUGUUCCUUUCUUUCUUCUACUUGCUGUCGGAACCAAGCUGCAACACGUAAUCACCCAGUUGGCUCACGAGGUUGCUGAAAAACAUAUCGCCAUAGAAGGGGAACUAAUAGUUCAGCCAUCAGACAAGCACUUUUGGUUUGGCAAGCCCAAGUUUGUUCUCUUCUUGAUCCAUUUCAUCCUCUUCCAAAAUGCUUUCGAAAUGGCGUUCUUUUUCUGGAUAUGGGUUCAAUAUGGUUUUACAUCUUGCAUAAUGGGGAAAGUAAAAUACAUUGUCCCCAGGCUUGUUAUUGGGGUGUUCAUUCAGGUGCUCUGUAGUUAUAGUACUCUACCACUUUAUGCGAUUGUCACGCAGAUGGGAACCAAUUUCAAGAAAGCAAUGUUCGAUGAGAAUAUACGCUCAGGACUUGUUGGUUGGGCUCAAAUGGCAAAGAGAAGGAAGGCGAGCAUCGACGCAUCUUAAUCUAGCAUUGGUUCCGUUGCGGGAGUUUAGCUAGGCAAACUUAACCAAAAGACAACUACGAAGGGCUAUACAUCUCUGCCUCACAUGAUAUAUAUUUUUUGUAGUCAAAUAUAGCUAUAGUUUUCUCAAAAAAAAAUAUAGCUAUACUUGUUCGGUGUAUGUGUUCCUCGCACAACUUCCCCUACGUGAAUGAUGAACUCUUGUGUUAAUUUUGAAAGGUGCCUUAGUUGAGCCUUUGUUAGUCUCU